AUGCGUCUUGUGUUGCCAGGGAUGUGCCCUCGCCGGUUCGUUCUUGUGCCGCUCCCCAGAGGACUUCGCCGCCUGUCAGGGUUCGGCAGCGUCCUUGGAACAAGAACCGUGCCGCAUGAGCUCGUGAGGACUCUGCAGGCGGAGCUGAAUGAGGAGGAGCACCGAAGGCAGUGCGGCAUCGGAGAGACGCUGCGGAAUUGUGUUAGGCAAAGUGACUUGGACCACCUCGAGAGCCCGGAGGCCGACGCUGCCAACCUGCAUAAGCUGGACGCAAUGGUGCAAAGCCUCUUUAGCCGAAUACCUUUGCCUGAUGACCCGAUGAAGGCUGCCCUGGACCCCACAGAGGAGGAGUUGAAGAAGAACGAGGAGUGUGAGGUGCUAAAGGAGGCGGUGCGAGAGCAGUAUCGGCGCCAGAAGGCGUCCAAAGCUGCGGAAGAGGUCAGGUUAGCCAGAGCAAUGAAACGCUACGAGGUUGUGAGUGAAAAAGAGGCGACUUCCGACAUCACGGAGCACGUGGACACCCCUGAGGAGACGGUGGAUCUGCGCCAGCAAAUUGACGCCAUGAAACGCCAACUUGCGAAGCUUGAGCAGCUGCUGGACUCCAAGACCCGCCGUAGUCGCGAGUGA